AUGCCACCGACGAAACGACCUUUGGCGGGAGCCGACACGAACGCGAUUCUGCCGCCGCAGAAGAAACAUCAGCAGAAGGACGUUACAGCUGAGAGAUCCAUGCCGAGUAACGGGACGGAGGAUGUCUUAAUCCAAAGGUUGAGGGAUAAUGAGGGGCAUGUCGCGGCCAAGGAUUCAGGAAAGGCAGAGCGCAGGAAGUCUGCAAGGAUAGAUGCUGCAGAGCAAAGUGCAAAGAUAACGGAAAGGCGCGAAGAAGGCUUGAAAGAAUUAUGGACUGUCAAGAAUAAGGCAUUGGCUUCUCCGAGUGCGCCAAUUGCCGAGAAGUCUUCUGCGACAUCUUCGAGGAAUACGGCCGCGGUUCCUUCGCAAAGCUCGCAUGGGCAUCAAAUAAAUUAUAGAACAAAGGAUAGUAGUAAGUUAAGGGCAUUGCUACGCGAUUGGCGAGUAAUGCAGCCGCAGGAGGUGGAAAGUAUGGAUAGGAUGGCAAUGAUCGAGAGGCUUGAGAGAUAUGAGAUGAGGGGUUACGGAGAUGAUUAUGAGAGUCUGACUUGUGAUCAACUUUCCAUACUAUUGAGUGCACGGCUGCUUCCAUGUAAUGGAGUUAUAAAAGCAGCGCGAAUUGAACGACUGAGGUAUGAUGAUGCUUUGGAUCGAGACAAUGGGAAUAUGGAAGAACGCAAUGAGGAAGGGGAAAAAUCAUACCAAGAUUUGGAAGUGUCGGGAUUGAGAACCCUAAUGGAUUUGAGGCAACAAGGAAGAAAAGUAAAAUCUGUCUGUGAAGAUUCUGAGUUAAUCGAUUGGUUGGAGGCGGAUGACGAAAAGCUAGCGCAAAAGAAGAAGGUCGAGGUAUCUACACUUAUGGGAUCCGAAAUCUCUGCUGAGCUGGAACGUUGGGAAAAGAAACUUGCGGAUACGAGAGUGAAUUUGGAGAGUAAGAUAGGCCAUAUACUUCCAGCGCAGGUACCAACGGUUGAAUCGUCAAAAUACGAUGUUCCUGUUGUAACGAAGAAAACUGGGGACCGAGAAACCUUGAAUUAUGAUCCUAAAAAGACGAAUUGGGGUCUAUUCAGUGCUUGGGAGCUUUGUGAAAUUGCUAAGGAGAAAGGUGCACCAGGGUAUGGAACAAAGGAUGCGAUGAUCAAAUGGCUUGAGACUGGGAUUCUUGAGUAUGAGGAUAUGCACAUCGAGUCGCUUAGAGAACAGUGUUGGAAGCGCUUGAUACCGCAAUACAGUAAUGAUGAUAAGGCAGCUCUGAUAGAAAAACUCAGAAUUCUGGAUAAAUAUGACAAGGAUAGCGAGGAGAAACCCGCACAGGAGGCAAGCGAAGCUAUAGAUGCCGACAAUAUUGAGGAAGACAGUGUUGAGCAGGAUGACGAGAUGCUUCUGAUUGCAGAGCCAUCAACAAGUGGCACCGUGUCUAGUGACUCGAUAUAUGCCCAGAAAGAUAAUAGUAUGCUGCGAGUUUUGCUACGAGAUCGACACCUUCAAACUUCUGGUACACGGGAAGAAAUGAUUCAUCGCUUAGAAACUUCUCCAUACAACUACGAAUCUUACACUUCCGAAGAACUUUCCCUCAUACUCAAAGAUCGCCAGCUGACCAACGCGAGUUACGGAAGCAAAGAAAUCAAAAUCGAGCGACUCAAAAAUAGCGACGAGGCUCUCUAUGAUUCUGCGAAAUCGGAAGACACACAGUUGUAUGUGCAAUUGAAACUUGAGGAGAAAUUCAUCAAAGAUAAAGAACAAGCUCUAGAGGCUUUAUCUGAUCCAAACGUAUCAUAUGAGAAAUUAGACUCCAGCGCUAUCCGUGAGGUUGCAACUGCUUUGGAGGGUAGAGAUAGAACCGCUAUGCGUGAUGCUAUCGAUAAAUUGACCGCGUCUCUUGAGACCCGCAAAGAGGAAUACAGCAAAGCAAAGGAAGAAUUGGAGAAAAGCAUAGGUCAUCCUGUUCUAGAUAUCGCAAUGGUGAUGGGACGAAAUAAUGCUAUAAUGAAACGUGACCAUGAAAUAGUCAACAGUUACCAGCCAGUUCACAAACCAGGGCCAGUCUGCGACUAUAAUUGGAAAGAUUCCCACUGGGCCGGAAGAAGCGAGAGGGAACUCAGAGACAUGUGCCAGAGACAGGGUAUGCAAGGUUGGGGUACCAAAGCUACUUGCAUCAAAUGGCUCGAGACGGGAUCGGUAGAGUAUGAGGAUUUAUCGGCAACGAGUCUCGAGAUAAUGUGUAGCAAGCGUGGGAUUAAGUAUAAGUCGGGAACAAAAAGACUGGAUUUAGCGGUGAAGCUUAGGGAAACUGAUGAGAAGGAAAGCACGUAUCGAGAUUUGGGAAUCAUGGCUUUGAAGAAGAUGUAUAAGGAGCGAGGCAUGAAGACUGCGAGUGGUGAAACAAAACAGGGCUUGAUUACAAAGCUUAGAGUAGCUGAUGAGAGGACUAGGCGGCUGUAA